UCAUUGUUGUGUCUGGCGUUGUCCCGUUGGCGUUUGGUGUGCGCGUCCGUCCUUCCGUCAUUGAAUGUAGCUGAUUAUCGAUUUUUCAGUGAGUCCUCCCCCGCGUUCUGACCAAGGAAAUGUGAUAAGAAAUUCUUGCGCAAAAUUCGAGUGAUUUCUGGGAAAAUUGCUUGCAAAUUGCUGAAAACGGUCAAUUGGAGUGCAUCGGAAUUCUCGAUUCUGACAAGGGCGUGGAUGUGAAGGAAUUUUCUUCUGCUCUCUCGAGGAUGCUGAAGCAGGAAAAUUUGGCCGCAAAUUUUUGCGGAUUGCUCUCUGUCAGUGGCUGCAGAGACGUCGCCAUCGAAUGGAGGAUUCUGGGCAAGGAGCAGGAUGGUUCCCUGCUGGCAGGGUGGGUUUCCUUUGAUCCGAAAAAUCGAAGCGAGCAGAGGAGCAAAAUUGGUGUUUACGCACCGAAAACCAAGACGCUACAAAUUUUGUACAGUUUCGCUGGAAAGGAGAACAUCAUCCAAGCAUCGGUGAAUCUGACCAAGACGUUGUUGCUCUACACGACGAAGGAGCUGAAGCAGGAAGAAUCCGGUAGGAAAACGGAUAUCUAUCGAACGUUUUUGGUUGAGAUCAAAGAAAAUGUCGAUGUUGACCCCCUGCUGCUUAUGGAAGUAGAUCGAAACCACCAGGUGAUGGCACAGUUUCUGUGGCGAAACUUGGUCACCUUCGAGAAGAGUCAGCAGGAUAAGUUUCUGAUGAUGAUCCAUCAUGAGCAGGUUCUUUUGUACACUGUGACGCUCAAAAAGCAAAUAACCGAAGGCGAAGAUCAGGAUCUGCUUGGGAGUAGCUCGAAGUUGAACUAUUCCGAUCCGUCGGCUUGGUACCUGGACAAAUCCGGUAUCAAAAGCGAAACCAUUACCAAGAACUUUGUUUGGGCCCAGUGGGAUCCAAUUGUUCAAGCUCUUUACUACAUUCACAUGAAGCCGGCGCCCAAGACACUCUUCGAAAAGGAUGACGGUUCCGCCGAGAAGAAGAUGAAUCCUACGCUUUCAGCAUUUCAGUUCCAUGACGAUCUUCGCACCGAAACCGUCUUGAACAUUCCGCUCAAUCUGCCAAACAUUCCCACUUCCACCUCCGGAACGGAAGACAUCUACGAAGAUGACACGGUUCCCCUGCGGAUCCAUGACUCCUCCCUAAAUCUUAUCAUCGUCAGCGAUCAAGUCGGAAUGCUCUACGUGUGCCACUACUAUUUGUAUCAACCGAUCAAACAAUCCGACGAGGAAGCUUCCACGUCCCAGAACAUCUGCGACGUCCAUUUCGCGUAUUCCGUUACGAUUCUGCACCACGGAUGCGUCAUCCACUGCGUAAUCCCCGGCAUCCCGUGGGACAAGGCCAAAACAAUGAAACCCACCUUUACCCUGCACGGUGAUCACCACAUGCUGGUAUUCCAGGCGGAUCUCUUCAUGCACCUGCUGGACGUUGGGCUCUCGCAUGAACCCUGUUGCCAUAUCGUGUGUCCACCGUUUACGCGCCAACCGGUGACCCACCUGGUUCCGUGCUUUGCCACCAACAACAUCUGCUACGAUUCGGCCACCCUGGAUCUGAUUUCGAUCACCAUUCCCAAGGGCCAUCUGAUUGAAGCGUUCCGGAACGAUACCUCGGUGGACAAUCGGCUGGCCAUUGUGCACUACUUCCUGGCGCAUUCCAGCGGCGAUAUUUUGGACAUUUUUUCAGAGCUAUUGAGCAUCAUCAUGGAACGCCCACUCCAUUUGGACACAGUUCCCCUACUCAAGGAAGCCCUAAUCUCCGGAACGUACGCUUCCUCCAAGAAAGGUCUCUCUCAGGAUCAACUAGCUCUCUUCCGGCUACUACCCCUGACGACAUGCAACACCUCCAAACCCAUCCAGGCCAAGAUCUCCAACCUGACCGUUGGUCUAUCGCACGAAACUCUCUACAACACGUCGAUGAUGCUGCUGUCGCCGCAGCAACGUCUGGCCCCAUUUCGCAAGGACAUCUGGACCAGCUUGUGGGAGCGUUUGAACGACAACAAGGAACGUGCCCGUUUCGCCCAGGAACAAGUGACCGAGAAGCUCAUGUACUCCCUAACCUGUUACCAACCGGAAGCACUCUCCCGUUGCUCCACUCCGAUGUCCCCGGCGAAUCCGAUCGUAAACGUUGCGGCCGAAUUCUCCGCCAGUGCCAAUCGUCGGAUGCAGAACAACGAUCUGCUUCCGUUCGUUGAAACCGAAGCAUGCACCGCCAGCAAGCAGGAGCUGGUCUUGAACGUUAAUCUACGGGAACUCAGCAUGCAUCUGGUGAAGCACAGCGUUAAGGAGGUCAGCGGAUUCCGGUGGUUGAAAAAUGCCUUCUACGACAGCAAUCCAGCGCCGUCGCAUGUGCACGCCGUAGCCACGAGGUACGUAGCCGCCCAGCUCGAGCAAUCCCGGGCCUUGUGCGUGCUGGUUUGCAAGACAGCCGGACUGGAUCUGGCUCUGGAACCGGAAAGAGGAUUCGCUUUGGUUGAUCAGCUAACCAGUGCCCAACAACUUAAACUGUUCACCCUGCUGGAGCGCUACUGCCUAGCGGCGGAAUCCCUCGCCUUUCCAUUCCCGCUAGGCUUUUCGUCGUUUUUCACCUAUCUGGGCUACCGCGCCCUGAGUUUCGACAAUUUUAUGCAGUACGUGGAACAUCACGUAUUCGAGCUGCAGAUCGACGUCAUCAAAGUGAUCAUUGCCGAUAUCGAUGACUCGCCGGAGGGAGUCCAGCGGAAGCUGAGCCUGCUGAUGACACUUCCGCGAUCGCGUGCCCGCCGGCUGCUGAACAAUUGGAACCAUCCGAUCAGUACCAUGCUCAAGGGGCGAGAACAUGCGUUGAAUAUUUUGUCCGGGAAUUCGGUGCACCUGCGGGGCUACUCGCAGAUGAAGAAACGGGAGUACAAACCGAAAGUUAUACAAUGCUUCCGUUGUAUUUGGCCUUGGUGCCCGGUGCGAGCUCGUAACAGCAUUCACAGUACAUCGUCACCGUUCAUGCAAAGGUCACCCUGCACCUACGGUCAACUGAAUUCUAUCCCAUUGCACCGCGUACCCCAAGAGGACAAUCCAGCCUCACCGAAUACUCCUUCGUCAUCAUGUGACCUGUUUGACUGGCAUCCUUCAUCAUCAUCUUCGACUAUAGUAACGGCACGACGAAGAACUGCCGCCAAUCGUCAUCCGACUCGUGUAUCUCAUACUAUGAUUACCAUUUUAGUUGUUUUGUAUGUUACAGCUGUUACCGUCAUAAUUGUUACCUCUUAUUUUUCAAUCGAUGUUAAUUUUGUACAUCUGGUUUCUAAAUGUUACAACGCAAUCAGGAUUGCAUCUCGAUAGAAGCUUAGCUUGCAUGACAUUUUCUAGACGAAUCAUUUUGUUACUGUUUAAAACUGCUGAUUAAGACAAUAUACCAACUCUUAACGGAUUUGCUCAUUAUUCUUCCCUAGAUGCUUUGACUCUUGAUGAAACCAAACCGCCAUUUAACAUAUUCUCACCGACUUUAUCUAAAUUUAUUUAAGUUAAUGGCGGUGUAGUUUCUGCGAAAG